AUGCCGACCACAACCUCGAUUUAUGCUUUGCUGAUCUCCUUCCUAACAUACUGUGCUGUAUCCUUUGCACAGACAAGCACCGCCACCGCAAAUGCCGCAACAUACACGAAUCCCAUCCUCAAUAGCGUUGGGGCAGAUCCAUGGGUUAUCCGGCACGAGGGCUACUACUACAUGACCUACACGACGAAUGACAACAUCACCAUUUUGAGAAGCAGCGUUCUCACAGACUGGAACAACGCCGAUGUCAAACUGGCAUUUCUCCCACCCACAAAUACAAGCUACAGCUACGACCUCUGGGCGCCCGAACUACACCUGAUCAACGAACUAUGGUACAUCAUCUUCACGGCGGACGUGGACGCCGACAGCCCGCCACCCGACGAAGACAUGCUGUGCGACUUUACCUGUCCGGCCGUCAACCACCGCAUGUUCGUAUUGGAGUCGUCAACCUCCGACCCAUGGACCAGCACCUACGCCAUGAAAGCAGAGCUGAACACGUACGACCAAUUCGCCAUUGAUGGAACAUACUUUAUUUUGCCUCUGAAUAGUACUACUGCCGGCGACACAAAUCCUGUGCCAUUCCAAAUCUACCACAUCUACUCAUGCUGGGAAUCCACAUACACAUCCUGGCCCAGCAUGCUAUGCAUAACACGCAUGUCGGACCCCUGGACCGUAAGUUCGUCCCUAUCCGAACGCGCCGUCAUAUCCCGGCCCGACCAGCCAUGGGAAAAGACACCCUACAACCGCACCAUCAACGAGCGUCUCUCAUCCAACGAAGGACCUGAACAAUUGACGAAUCCGACCACGGGCCAACAGUUUGUGAUUUAUUCGGCGGCACGAAGCGAUAACAGGAAUUACUGUCUCGGACGGCUGGAGUUGGUUGCAGGCAAGGAUCCAAUGGAUGCAGGGUCGUGGAUCAAGGAUACCGCGGGUUGUGUGUUUUAUGAGAAUCCAGAACAGGAAGUAUAUGGGGUGGGUCAUGCGAGUUUUACGACGUCCCCUGAUGGCAAUGAGGAUUGGAUCGUCUAUCAUGGUAUGAAAGACUAUGAGAAUGGGUGGAGUGCUAGGACUAUUAGGACCCAGAAGUUCACUUGGGAUGAAGGGACGGGUGUCCCCUUGUUUCCGAGGCCGGGAGUGGGGCCGUUUGAGGUUCCUAGUGGGCAGGAGGGUGGCGGGAGUGGUAGCAGUGGAAGCGGUAGUGGUACGGGGACUGAGACUGGAAGUGGUGGUGGCAGUGGUAGGAGUAGUGGUAGUUCUACUGGGAGUGCAAGUGCAAGUGGAAUUGAAUCAAUCAGUGGUUCACAGGGUGCAACAGCAACAGCAACAGCAACAACGAGCACAAACUCCUAUCCAAAUUGGAGUCCGAGUCCGGGUUCAACUUCGACGGGACAGGCAGGUUGGAGCAACGGAUAUCAAACACAGACAGAAACUGAGUCGCGACCUCCUCCUCCUGCUGCUACGGCGCCCUCGAUACGCACAGAGACAGCACCAGCCCCGCCGUCGGUUCAAACAGUAUCGGCAUCUGCAUUUGCAUCUCCAGCUACGUCCGUCGAGCCUUAUGCAUCGCGGAAGGGCUCUAGUCCCCAAAAUGGCUGGCAGAGCAGGACUAGAUUUAGCGGUACGGCAGUUUCUACUUGGGUUUGA